AUGAUCAAGCGCGGUGAUAUCUACAUGAUUGAAUACGGAGACGGCGAGGGCAGCGAGCGACAGGGUUAUCGCCCUGGGAUGGUCAUUCAGAACGAUGCUCUUGAGGAAUCGGGAGGCAGAUACCUGGAUAUCAAAUAUCCCAAGUUUGAGUUUCCGAGUGAAGCCCACCAGAUGAAAUACAACCGGAUUCGUCGUCGCCUGAGAGGAGUUUGGACAUUUUACGGGACAGAUCUGUUCGGCAACAAAUACAAUCCAUCACCAACCAACUAUGAAUUUGACCGGGUGUUUGCUUCCACAAUCCUCCAAGUGGACGGUUUGCCUAUCAAGUUCGCCAGGGAGAUAAACGAGAAGGGAAGCAACGUAUUUUACAUCAACGAUGUUCCAGCAAAAGCAAAAGAGUUCGAGGCUACAGUAGCUGAACUGUUCGAUAAGGAUGAAUUCCUGUCAUUUUACAACCCAAUUUACUUUUUCGGUCGGCACUGGACGAAGCAGCGGGAACAGAUCAUGAAGUACACAACCCCGCCUGCUAAGAAAGAAGUCUUUCAGGAAAUGAGUCGUACAGCUCAAGAACAGAAGCCAAAGGAAAUAACACUUAACCCUGCUGCCUUGAAACUGGAUGAACUGAUGAAGAAACACACUCUUGACGAUCUCCAGAAAAUUCACGGCGGCACUGGGGGCCAGAAAUCAAAGCUCGAGAAACAGCACAUCGCUGCUCAGAGCCGGACGAAGACGCUACAAGAACAAUUGGACCGCUUGCCUGUACUGGAUCGGGACAUUGAAGAAGUCCGCAAGGAAUCAGCCGAGCUGUUAGAACACAUUAAAACAAUCCAGAAGCCGAUUGAUGCUGCUGAGGAAGUCAACCGAGAGCUGAAUGACUUGAAACUAUCUAUUGAAUCGGCUAAAUCCCGGGUAGCAUCUGCAAAGGAUCGAUACAUGGAAGCAUACAACGAGCCUAUCGACGACACUUGCCCAACCUGCAAUCGGCUGCUGGAUGAAGAUUCCGUCAAAGCGGUAACAGACACCAAGGAGAGCAAGAAGAAGCUCCUGCGUGCAGAUCAUGAAAAGUUGGUCAAAGAGCGUAAUGAACUUGAGGCGAAGGAGGCCGAGAUACAGCCUAUUGACUUGGUGGAACAGUGGAAGCUGCUGAGAGAGGCGGAAGGUAAACGGGAUGCUUUAGAGGAUUUGUUGGCAGCAGAGAAGCGCCGGAGCACCCUUUCCGCCGAGGUGGCAGCAGCGCAGCAGGCUGAGACAGAAACACUCACAAGCCUGAAAGAAUCGAUCUUUAUCUUGGAUGCAAUCAAAUCCUAUAAGGCCAAAGAAGCUGAACUGCAAGCCAGCAAGGUGCAAUCUCUCUUCACCAGCCUUUCGAUUCGUUUGUUCAAAUAUGUGAAGUCUAGCGAUUCAUAUGAGCCUGAUUUCAGCAUCCAAAUGAACGGCAAGGAUUACCUGGCAUUGUCUACUGGCGAACGCAUUGAGGCGGGUCUUGAGCUGACAGAAGUGUUGUUCAAACAAUCCUCCUUGAUCUGCCCAACCUUUAUCGACAACAUCGAGAGCUACACGGGUCGAGUGGCAGUGUAUGACCAACUCAUUACAGGUCGAGUGGUUGAAGAUCAGGAACUGAAAAUAGAAGCGGAGGUAGCGUUGCGA